AAUGCAGAGCAGGAAAAUGAAAGUACAAAUAUAACUCCUGUAACAAAGGUCCAACAGAAGUGGGAGCAAGGUACAGUAACUGACUGAACGGAUCUCACUGAUUGCUAAUAAGGUAUAGUCCUAUUCUUCAGAUCUUUGAUCCAUGUGUUCAUCAACGACUGUUUGCAUCUUGAUCUUUCUGCAUAUCUCCCAUGUGCUAACUGUAGGUCGAUUUGCAAUCAUUCCACCCGAAAACCCUAUAGUUGGUUUCCUUGGAAAAGAAGUUAUCCUGCCAUGUCAAUUAACUACUUCAAGCAUACCAGAAAGCACCAGCAUGCAGGUCCAGUGGAUCUUGGAUAAAUCCUCAGAAAAAAUUGAUGUGAAAUCCUACUAUGGUCAAAACAGGCCAGAAACACAGGAUAACAGAUAUCGAGGUCGAGCUGAGCUUUCCCAUACUGAUCUUAGUAAAGGAAACAUGUCUCUGAUUCUGAAGAAAAGCCUGCUGUCUGACCAAGGAAACUACAGCUGUAUAGUCUUCCUUGGAGACUGGUAUGAGGAGGUGGUGGUUGAGUUGGUUUUGGCAGCAAAAGGAACCGAGCCCACCAUUGCCUUGGUGGACUAUAAAGGCAGGGGGAUUGGCCUCACCUGCAGCUCCAACGGUUGGUACCCAAAGCCCAAGGCUUUCUGGCUGGACAGUGAAGGGAAAGUUCGAAGUAAACAGUCAGACACAACAAUCACAGAGACCAAGGCAGGGGACCUCAGUGUUUCCAGUUCCAUUACAACAGAGUCAGGAGUUGACCAUGAAGUCUCUUGCAAAAUCAUCAACCAACUGCUAGAGAUGGAAAGUGAAUCGAGAAUCCUGAUUUCUGAUGCCCUUUAUCCUGCCACUUCCCCUUGGCUAGCACCCUUCCUAAUCAUUCUGUUGAUUUUCAUCUGCCUUCUUGUUGGUGCUGGGUACAAAGUCAGACAGAAGUAUCAGAAGUUAUCUCAGUAUGAAAAACAGAUGACUGAAGCACAAGCUGACCGAAAUCAUGUAAUCGAAGCAAUAGAAGCUGAGAAACGCACAGGACAAGCAAGUGUUUUGGAACUAGAACACCGUGUUGGUCAAAUCUUCAAUGAACUGGAGGUUAGAAGAGCUCAGCAAUACGCAGUUGUUGUCACUUUGGAUUCAUAUUAUAAACAUCCAGAAAUCAGCAUCAGUGAGGAUAAAGAGAGAGCCAGCCUUCAAACUCUCCCCCCAGGGAAAGAAGAAACUGCUAUGGGAACUCAGAUUUUUGUGGGGAAAGAAGGUUAUGCUGCUGGGAAACACUACUGGGAGGUGGAGGUAGGAGAGAGGUUGGACUGGGAGCUAGGGGUACUGACUCGGGCUGAAAGGGACAAAUUCCAAGAGAAAAAGGUUGUUAAGUCCUUUGGGGAAGGCUGCUGGGCUCUCAAAAGCAGCCAAGGAAAAUUCUUUUUCAAUCCAUGUGAGAAAGAGAUUGAAAAGAUUCAUAAUGUGUCUUAUUCAGUGAUUGGUUUGUUACUGGAUCAAGAAAAAUGGGAAAUCUCAUUUUAUAACUCCAGAGUUGCCUAUUUCCUUAUAGAUUCUAUCCCCAUUAAAUCCAGUGACAAAUUGUACCCAUUUUUAGCUUAUGUCAGUGCUUCAGAAAACAGUGGUCCCAAGUCAUUAAAGAAAAGCAGCAGCGGUUCAGAAAACAGUGGUCCCAAGCGAAUGAAGAUUAAAAAAAAAGAAAAGCUUUGUAAGCUUUUUAAAGGAUCUCUAAUAGAAAAGAAGAGUUCUCAGGGAAGAACUGUUGGCAUGAAAUGCCCAAGCUUCACAAGGAGGAUAGAAUAAUGGAAACAGUACUGUCCACACUAGCACAAUUGAACUGGUGGAUAUUUUGCCAUUUCUUUUUUAUUUAUUUCUUUUUUUAAAAAAAAAACAACACCAUUGCUAUGGAUGUACAUUUAUGGCACCAACUCAACCACCAUACCGUAUAUUUUUCUUCAUUUUUGUGUAUGAGCCUUUGUCAUAUUUGUAAAUAAAUUU